CAGACCCCGCCUCUUCCGGGGACGCCGGCGGAAGCAGGAAACGCGUCGGGGGGCGGAAGUCCCGUCGUGCCUCGCGCGGCCCCUCCUGCCUUCUGGCCUGGGCGAGUCGCGAGCGAGAGGGCGGCGGGCAAGAUGGCGGCCGAGGCGGACUCCUGGGACGCGGACACUUUCGAGGCGCCGGACCCGCUGGCCGGGCGCCUCGGGCCCACUCCCGCCGUGGUGACGAGGGACCGCUGGGCCGGCGAGGACGAGGACGACGACGUCAAGGACAACUGGGACGACGAGGAGGAGGAGCAGCAGCAGCAGCAGGAGGACGAGAAGGAGGCCGAGGCCAAGCCAGAAGCCAAAGUUUCCGACAAGAAGAAAGUAGCCGAGAAAAUAAAGGAGCGGGAGAAGCUGCAGCGGAGAAAGCAGGAGGAGGCGAUGAAAAGGUUAGAGGAGUCGGAAGACUCGAAAGAACUGACGCCGGAAGAGCAGUUAGCAGACAAGCUCCGGUUGCAGAAAUUGCAAGAAGAGGCAGACCUGGAGUUAGCAAAAGAAACCUUUGGUGUAAAUAACAUAUGUGGAAUAGAUAGUAUGAAUCCAUCCUCAAAAGAUGAUUUUACGGAAUUUGAGAAAUUGUUAAAAGAAAAAAUAACACAGUAUGAGAAAUCCCUAUAUUAUGCUGGAUUUUUGGAAACAUUAGUUCGAGAUAUAUGCAUUUCAUUGGAAGUUGAUGACUUGAAAAAGAUCACCAAUUCCUUGACGGUGCUAUGCAGCGAGAAGCAGAAACAGGAGAAGCAAAAUAAAGCCAAAAAGAAGAAAAAAGGUGUGGUGCCUGGCGGAGGCCUAAAAGCAACGAUGAAAGAUGACCUGGAAGACUAUGGUGGCUAUGAUGGCGGCUACGUACAAGACUUUGAAGACUUCAUGUGACCCGUUUUUUCCGUCUGUUGGUUUGCCCAAACUCCCCUAACUGUAGCACAACUCCUUUCCUUUCAAUUCUGCCAAAUGCAACAAUCAGAAAGUGCAGUAUCUUUGUGCUGUUGGUUAUCCUGUCACAACUUGACACAUUGGAAUACCUGUCUUGAUGCCGAGGGAAUAAAAUUAUGAAGCUCAAUUAUUUUAUUCAAUGAUAGGAAAUAACGGAAUAUCGAAAAGGUGUGUCUUCAUGGCAGCGAAGCAGCACUAAAUUGGACAUUAAUUUUGACCUGGCCGAAGUCGUAUUAUUACCAGCAGAGUUAGUAAUAACAAUCUUAACUCUUAUCUUUUUUACAAGAAACUACCCAGAAAACAAAGGCAGUUUGCAGCAAAUGCAUGGGUUUGCAGUAGAAUUAAAAUGGCUUUUCUAUUAGAAUUUGGUUUUUCAGUGGCUUGAGGGACGUAGUUAUAAAUUUCCCUGACUUCCAAGCUUGAAAGGUGCAAACGGGCUGUUUUUCUCACCCUGGGAGGGGGAAGGGCCUUCUCUGAGCAGGUCGGCUGAUUCUUUGGGACAGUUUCUUGUCACCCGGUUUGGUGGCUCUCACAAGACUGCGGUUUUUUUCAUGUAUAGGAAUCCUGCUUAGCAAACUGCAACAGUUACAAUAGUUGGGCAAAUUGUUACGUUCAGAAUUAUGACAUCUGCAAAUGUUUUAUAAAAGCAACUAAUUUAAUAAAAUCACUAUUGUGAGGACUGAGA